CUGGUCACACUGCGUUCAAUUAAAAAAAGAAGAUAAGUUUACGCUGAAAAACAAUAAUAGUUGCAAUUAACGUUAAUUGAAGAAGGGCCAACAUGAUACCAAAGAAGACGACGGUUAAGGAUUCACACAUUGUGAAGAUAGCCGUGGAGCGGGAGAACCAUAUGCCGCAGCUGAUAAAUCUGGAUCAGAGGCAUCCGCUGGCAAGUAAAAUCCAGGACAUUUGCAAUGGUUGGUCCAUCAGCGAUCACCAGAACUACGCCCUCCAGUUCUGCGAGCAGAAUAACCAGAAGUACGUGACCGAAAAGAAUCGCAAUGAGAUCAAGAAUGGCUCCGUAUUGCGGCUGCAGUACUCGCCUUCCAAGACUGCCUGCGAUGCCAUGGAGGUGCUGCUCAAUGGGAGUCCCCAGGAGAAGGCGCUGCGUCUGAAGGAGCUCACUUCCCUAAGCACCGAUCACACCUUUGCCCUGGAGUUCAUCAAGGAAAAGGGACUCGACACACUCAUUAAGAUGAUCGAGGAUGGCGGCCAGACCAACGAAGACAUUCUCAAAUACAGCCUGGCCAGCUUUGUGGAGCUGAUGGAGCACGGUACAGUGUCGUGGGAAGUGCCGGAGAACUCCUUCGUGGCACGCAACAUCGAGAUCGUGCGAAAUUUCCAGAAGUAUCCUACGAAUUGUGGGGAGAGCGCCCUAUCCAACUUGGAGAACAUUGUUAUGUGCAGCAAUAAACAUGUCCUGGUUGCCGAGGACAUCAAACUGCAGGAUAUUCUCCGAUUGCUUCAGGAUGUCAAUUCGCCGGUGAUGCGACAAAAUGCCAUAGCCCUGCUUAACGCUCUGUUCGUCAAAGCGGACGAGGGCCGCCGUAGGACCAUCGCCCAAACUAUCAGUGCCAAGCAGUUCCGCCUGGCCCUAAUCGGCAAUGGACUGGGCACGGAGAUGACCCACCAGCUGUACGUACUGCAAACGUUGACUCUUGGUCUGUUGGAGAAGCGCAUGCGAAUGAAGAUGAAUGCACAGGACCAAGAUGCGCACGAGAAAAUCAAGGAGUUGCGGCGCAUAGCCUUCGACGAUCAUACCAACGAUUCGAAUCAAAAUGACGAUCACUCUCGACGUGGCGGUGGCUCCGGAGCUGGCAACGUCAACUUCUCGCAGUACUACAAAAAACUGGGCUUUAAGUGUGAUAUUAAUCCUGCCCAGGAUUUUAUUGAGACGCCGCCAGGUAUAUUAGCGUUGGAUUGUAUGGUGUACUUUGCUCGCCACUACACCCAGCAGUACGCGAAGAUUGUCAGAGAGAACUCCUGCCGUGCGGAUGAGCACGAGUGUCCCUUCGGACGCACCUCAAUCGAACUGGUGAAGGUACUAUGCGACAUUCUGCGCAUUGGCGAGCCGCCAGCCGAGCAAUCAGGCGAAUUCCAGCCCAUGUUCUUCACUCACGACUCGCCGUUCGAGGAAUUCUUUUGCAUCUGCGUCAUUACGCUGAAUCGCACAUGGAAGGACAUGCGUGCUACUGCCGAGGACUUCAGCACAACCUUUAGCGUGGUGCGAGAGCAGAUCCAACGCACUCUCAAGUGCAGACCCGAGAACCUGGAGGAUUUCCGAAACAAGAUCGCUUUGCUGACCUAUCAGCAGAUCACAACACUGCGUCAGCAGGAGCGCACUUCGAAGGAGGAGUGCGAUUCCACAGCGUCGGCGAUUGUAAAGCUUAAAGAGAAGAUAUCGCCGCACAUUCUUGAGUUAAUCAAGCAGCAGCGGCUCUCAUUUCUGGUGGAAGGUACCCAUUUUGCAAAAUACUUGCGAGGCACUCGAACUAAAGACAAGUUCUGGUACGCUCGUCUUUCGCCAAAUCACAAGGUGAUUCAUUACGGUGACUGCGAUGAGAAGACAAUACCCACCAUGGAGGAGUUGCCUAAGAAACUGCCCAUCAGUGAGAUUAAGCAGUUGCUUGAGGGCAAGGAAUGUCCGCAUAUGAAAGAAACUCGCAUUCGAAAAUCCGCGGUGAACCUGGCCUUUUCUAUAACGUUCGAGAACAUGGAGCACUCUACGUUGGACUUUGUGGCCCCCGACGAAAGCAUAUUCAACUACUGGACGGACGGGAUAAACGCUCUGCUGGGUCAACCGAUGGUCAGCAAGCAAAAGAACGAGGACUUCGACACUCUGCUGUCCAUGGAGAUCAAAUUGCGCUUGCUGGACACUGAAGGCGUGGACAUCAGCAAGGACCCACCGCCAAUACCUGAGGAUCCCGAGAACUAUGACUUCUGCUUCGAGAGCUAAGCAUAACGCGCACAUUUACAUACUUCACGAAAUAUUGAUUCAUUCUAGACUUCCAUCACCCAAGAUACAUGCCAAAGUGUACCCACAACAUAAUCGUAUUCUCCGAUCUGAUCUUCUGCUAGUAUUACUUGUGCAAUUCCCCAAACACAAAAUGAUCAAACUGGUGCGGGCACUUCCAAGUGACUAACCGCUGCCUAGCCAUUUAGUGAACUUUACAC